UAACAAACCAACUUCCCAGCGGCUGUUUCUGACUCCUGUCGCCUCAAACUUCAGCAUGCAGACGGGCUGUGCAUAGAUGGCGCAGAGCAAUGACUGAGGAGCUUGACGAAGAUGUGGUAUUUGAGAACUCCCCUCUUUUCCAGUACCUGCACGAUCUAGGGCACACAGACUUUGAGGCAUGUCCAACGGCGUCACAGGAGGACGAAUAUGGCGGACAAGAGGGAGACCUCACCUCUCCCGACGGAGAUCCAAGGAAAACCUCAGGAGGACGCUUAUGGAGACUGGCUGAAACCUUGUGGAGAUGGAGUCCGAUGCACCAGGCGGCUGCUUCUCACAAGAUGGGCCAGCAGCUGGACUGCGUGUUCGGCCAGUACUCGGUGAAGUGCAUUCUGGACCAGGACGUGCUGCUGCAGGAGGAUGUGGAGCUGAUCGAGCUGUUAGACCCGAGUCUGCUCACCCUCGGCUCGUCUGCCUCCGGCUCAUCCAGCCGAGCGAGCGUCCUGCCCAGACCCAGCCUCAUAGCCAGGCCCUCCCUAUGGGACGUGGCGGGGCUGGUCGGCCUGGCUGCGGUGCUGCUGGGUUGCUGCUCCGUCUCCGAGGGCCUGUGGUCGCUGGCCGCGGCCCCGUGGGGCCUGGCACUGCUGGGCUGGCUGGGUCUCAGGGCCACGCUGUGGAGGCGGGGCCGCAUGCAGAGAGCCGUCCACUCGCGGGCCGCGCAGCUCCAGACUCUGGUCCACAACAGCAAGACUCUGACGGGGCUGUCUCGUAAAGCCCUGCGCCUGGUGCAGGAGACGGAGGUCAUCUCCAGAGGGUUCACCCUUUUGCUCGACAGGGUGAGUGCGGCUGGCUCCUUUAGCAGGGCGGGGCCGGGGGCGGUGCCUCGCGGCCAGCAGCUGAUCGGACUGAGGAAGGCCCUGUACCGGGCGCUCCGCACGGCCUUCAGAGCCUCGCGUAGGGCCACCUGUCACAUGCUCAAGGCGUUCCCUCUGAACUCUGAGAUCGAUAAUGUGACCAACUACGUGUCCGCGGUGCCUCUGAAGGAGCUCGGCCUCGGCCUGGGGAUUGAACACCUGGGUGACGAGCAGGCCCAGGAGCUGACGGACGACUACAGCCUGCCCGCCCUGAAGAUGCUGUUCCAGCUGUGGGUCGGGCAAAGCUCCGAAUGUUUCCGACGACUUGCUCUUCUCCUGUCGCCGCAACGAAUAGAGGAGUCAGAGGAGGGCGGACCCAGCGGCGACGCCUUACCUCCACCUCCUCCUCCACUGCUGCACCGCUCCAUCGCCGCGGUGACGGAGCCCCUCCAUCACGCUCUGACCAGCUGCCUCUGCGAAGUGCAGCGCAGCUUCGACUUCCACCGACACUUCGAGACCCAGCUGAGGACGACGGGCGCUGACAAGGCGACGGGGAGAGCCAGGGAGAAAUGCCGAGAGCUCAACACCCUGCACUCCUCCAUCCGAAGCCUGCAGCUGCACCUCAAGGCCCUGCUCAGCGAGAUGAUCAUCCUGGAGGACGACCUGGAGAAGCUGAUGGUGUCCAAGGAACCGACGGAGUUGACAUCCGAGGGCUACCAGGACCUCAACGACCGGCUCCACCAGCUGCAGCCUCACAUGCAGGCCAGCACGGGCUGCUGGGAGGACACCGUCAACCAGGUGGCGCGCAUGCUGAGACGGGUCAACGCCUGUUCAGGUAAUGCCGAGUGUCUGGAUCAGUGUGGUCCCCCUUUGCCCGAGAUCCCUGCUCCUCCUCCGUCCUACCCGUUGAUCCUGGACAGAGACCCUGUGCCUGAAGAGCUGGAGUGGGAGGCCUACGUGUCCGACUCGGACUCUGACGGUGAGGGUAAAGGGUCUUGGUCGGACAUCUUGUCACCGGAGGAGCGGGAGCGUCAGCGGCGGGAGAGGGAGGAGUCCCGUCGCGUCCUGUCGGAGCUCAAAGCCGUGCUGGGCUUCCGUGCGUCAGAGGGGGAGAGGAUGAAGAGGAAGCAGCUGCUCUUCAACGACCAAGCUGCUGCGACUCCCUCGGCUCACGGUGAGAGUCCAGAUCCCGUCACGAAGCUGUUCGAAGCUCCGACUUCUCUGGGAUCAGCAGAAAGUGGCGACGAAGAAGGAAACCACUUUUCGGAGUGCUCUGUAGGAAACGGAGGGGAGGAAGGGGAAGGAAAAGACGGCAGGGUGAGGCCUGACCCGUCAGCAGAGCCGCUGACGGAGUUCAGCUGUGGUCUGGAGGAGGAGGAGGAAGAGGAUUUGGGUGGAGCGUCGGUGUGCGAGAGAGGAGGAGGAGGAGCGUCGGAGCUGCACCAAUACGACGGCGUCCUGGAUGAGGGGGAGGUACAGAACGGUCUGGACUGCUGCCUGAAGCCCAAAGCCCCCGCUGUCUCCGUGAUGGACAGACUGACGGAGAUCCACGGCUCCGAGGCCCUCAGCUUCAGCUCCGCCCUCGCCGCUCAGGUGGCGGCUCACUCCCACUCGCUCAUCGCCAUGGAGGAGCAGACGUUCGGAGACGAUGAUGAUGAUGAUGAUGAUGAGGAUGAGGAUGGAGAGGAGAGCGACAGACGAACCCCUAAGAAGGACUGAAGUGAAACCUCGCUGCUUUAACCGACCGCUGAGCAGAGACUGUAUUUAUGUCUGAUUGUCUGGGUGUCUUUUAUCGAUGGGUCUGUGUUAAAUCAAAACUGUUUCAAAUGUGGAGGAAUUUUCAAAUUUACACCACUCUCCAUUACCAAUCCGUCCAUUUUACUGUACAUCACUACCCACAAUCCUCACUGCUCGUUCGCUGUUAAAACUCAGGUACCAGAACCACUAAAACGAAAUCAGACCUUUCAGUGUUGAGGUCAGAAGACCUGAAUGUCUACAGUUCAACUCGCUGACAUCCACACAGUGUGUGUCGUUCACAGUCAUUCAGCAGGUGCGGAAACAGAGAUUGUCGGAAACAAGUGGCUCCAUAUAUAUAUAUAUUUAAACAAAUGUGUUAUAGGAUUCUUUGAGAAGAGCAUGGUUUUAAUUGCAGUUUUUCAAAACACUCCAUCUGAGUUACUGUCAGGAGGUUUUGGGAGCAUUCAUUCUGAGAUAUACAGCGGUAUUUCUCUGUUCAGACAGAACGCAAAGUUAGAUGUUUGUCUGCGCUGUGAAUGGACACAAAGAGCGUUUUACAACAACAAAAUGGAAGUUUUGGAGCUUCGUUAAACAUACAGAUAUGAGAGGAAAUGGACUAAACCACAAUGUUAAAAUACUACAAGUAAAAGUUCUGCAUUCAGAAUUCAACUUUACAUAAAUAUUGCCAAUAAAAUGUAGUUGAAGUAUUCAAAAUAAAAUUACUCGUAAAAAAUGAUAGCCCAUUUCAGAGUAUUUUGUUAAACAAAUAAACCCCCCAAAAAAUCAGGAUUUGAGGAGUUCAGAUUUGCACUCCAGUAGAUGACUUAGGUAAACGUGCUGUCAGGCAGUUAUAAGUGUGAGAGGGAGCUCUGCAAAAAAAUAGGAAGUAGGUUGCUAUUUUUACUAUCGGUGCUUUAUUUUUGUCCGACCCUUUCUGCGAUUCUAUCCGUCUACUUAGUGUCUGACUGGACACAAUCAAGGUCGGACACACAGCCCACCUGACAACCCUAUUUGAAAUACGACACUAUUGUAUCUAAGAACUAUUCAUGUAGACUGAAACCAAUUUUCAGUGUCUUAUGUUUACACUCUUAGGAAAGAGACACUUUAUGGACUGAUCUGUGUGCUGCUGUGAGGGUUUUAAAUCAAAUGCCUGUGUUGGUAAAGUAAUAAAAAAAAAAAAGAGGGGGGUUGAUUUUCUCUCAUGUGAGGGCAAUCUUUAACUUUAGGUUUCAUAUGAAGUUGCCAUAAGAGUCUGACAGCCCUGGUAUAUUCCCUCCCUCCCUCCCUCCUUUCCAAGUCUGUCUUGUCACCAUGUCUGCCUUGUCUUGACCCCCUCCUGCACCCUCUCUUUUUCUCUCUCUCGGGGUGAGGUCCACCCCCUCCUGCAUUUUUCCAACGUGAAAUAAAAUACCAG